AUGUCACCGAAAGCUUCUGGAAACCUAAAAACACGAGCCAGAACACGCCCGAAGAUUGCCUUGGCCUGCGACUCGUGCAGAGAGAGAAAGAUUCGCUGUGAUGGAAUAAAGCCUAUCUGCGGGCCAUGCGUGAGACGAUCAUAUCGGAAUGAUCAGUGUGUUUAUAACACGGAGAACUCCCGGUCAACUAGCCGGGACGACUCACCGAACGGACUGGCCUCGGGACACAUACUGCCGUGUACCCGAAGUGGACGUAAUGAUAGCCACACUGGCUCACUUGUGGAAAAGACCACCGAUCUCUAUGAAUCUCCAUUAUUUGACGAGGACCAAGGCCGCAUUACAGGUAUGGGCCAGAUGAUCCUGUCAGAGGCGGAAAGGGAGGAUCGAAGAAGAUCCACCCGAUUUCAAUUCUACGGUACUCCAUCCACGGCCUCUCUCAUGCGCUUUGCCUAUCAAAGCAUGCCAUCAAGGCCGACAGGUGGCUGUAAUGCCGAGUCCGCAUACAACAAGCUUCAGGACACAUCCACCACCUACAGGAUGGAGGAUUUUUCAUUACCACCGCGGGCGUUUGCCGAUCACCUAGUGAAACGAUUCUUCGAGAAAAUAUACAUUCUCUAUCCACUAUUCCAUCGCCCAGCCUUCGAGACAGCCUAUCAAAAUCUCUGGUGUGGAGAAGACGCACCCAAUAUCCCCCCACCAACCGAUCUACAGAUUGGAAUAGGAUCAAAGACAGAGUCGGAGCCCACUUCAAUUGUUUUCCUGUGUGCCCUGAACGUAAUAUUCGCCUUAGGCUGUCAAUUUGCCGAUCUGGCAUCAGGGCAAGCCGAGUCUGUCGCCAAUUCAUUCUUCCUUCGAGCGAAGCAUUUCAUCGGGCUUGAUUUCCUGGACAUCAACACCCUCGGGGUGGUUCAGUCUCUACUUCUUACAGCACUUUAUUUACAGAGCUCUCCAUAUCCCAGUCGUUGCUGGCAUUCUGUUGGAAACGCCUGCAGAGUUGCCUUUGGACUGGGACUCCACAAAUCAGAUAUCCUGGCCACACUGACACCCUUGGAGUCUGAAAUUCGUAGACGAACUUGGCAUGGAUGUGUAAUAAUGGACAUAACAUUGAGCAUGACAUACGGCAGACCGAGCAUGACCUCCCAUCUUGCCCGAGUUCCCACACUAGAUGGUAUAGAACUAUCUGGGCACCAAAAAGAUCCAAGUGAACCUUCGUUGAUGGCAUUUUAUAUCGAAGCAAUCAGGCUUUAUGAUAUUUUGGACAAUAUUCUAGCUGAUGUCUACAAUGCCUGGCGUGGCCGACUGUGUCAGGACAACCUGCCAUCCCCGACGUUGAGCACCAAGAGCCUUCAAAUCGUGCUCGAAGUUGAAAGAGAACUGUUAUUGUUCAAGGCCAAUGUCCCUUGCUUUUUGAAGUGGACAAAUGGGACACACUCCACGCCUUCUCUUCCGGAACCCAACAUGGCGAUUGCUCAGCAAAGAAAUGUUCUACAUGCUAGAUACAUGCACCUUCAGAUCCUCCUCUACCGUCCCAUAUUCAUCCAAAUAUACUCCAAACGGGAAUCUUCGUCUGGACCAGAGUUACAAAAUGUCUCGUCAUCCCAGAGCAUAGAGAUGCAAAGCAAUCUUUAUUCUUCCAUGUUCUGUCAAUGCGCCGAGGCAUGCGUGACAGCUGCAGUUGAUCUGACACACCUAGUGCGAGAGACUUAUCAAACCGACUGUUCCGAUGCAUGGUGGUACAAUGGUUUCUAUACCUCGACCGCAGCAAUGGUCCUCCUCAUGGCUCUAUCUACACCAUAA